AUGGUUAGGCGUUCCCCGGGUGGCGUCAUCCACCCCCGGCCUCCUCGACCAACCACAACAGAGGACCCGGAAAGCUUCCGCCAUGAAAGCGAUUCCGAUGUUCCGAGGCUCCGACAUCCUCUGGACUCCCCUCACAUCCAAAUCAGGCAAGAAAUACGCCCAGGUGGUACAAAAUGGCUUCAACUUCGCUGCUGCAUCCUUAAUCCUUCACCUUUCCAUCAUUUGAUACCUCCUGACAUGGCUCCUCACCCUCUAGCAAUCCUCUCCGAAGCGGAGACUAACCUUGCACGCGAUGUCGUCAUUGCAGAGCAUCCCAACACCGUCAUUGACUUCCGCGAGAUCUACCUGUCAGAACCUCCCAAGGGCCAGCUCCGCGACUUCUUAGCUCUUGAGCACGCUGGCCGUCUGAGCCCGACCACACCUCGACCUCCCCGUCUCGCUACAUGCCAAUACGAUGUCAUUGGCGCCGACCGUGUCCCCUCCUUCCAUGAAUCCGUUGUCGAUGUGGUCGCGCGCAAGCGUGUCAAGCACCACAUUGUUGGAAAGCAACACCAUGCUUCUAUUACUAUGAGCGAAUUCGAGAACCUCGUUGAGCGAUGUUUUACCUCUCCCUUAUUCAAGAAAGCCUUGGAAGAUUUUGACCUGCCGCCGGGAUUUGAGGUCACAAUUGAGCCGUGGCCCUAUGGUGGAUUGGACAACACUGAUGAGAAUCGGCGGUACUUUCAGGGUCUCUGUUUUGCUACCGACAAGAGCAAGAAUAACCUGGAUGCGAACUUCUACUCUUACCCUCUGCCAUUGAUCCCUGUGAUGGAUGCGCACACCCAAGAAAUCAUUCGGGUUGAUCGUCCGGCCACCGGUGGCAAGGGAGAUGGUUUGACCGAGCAAACCUUCAAGCGUGAUAUUAUCGGGCACUGCAAGGCUUCCGACUACGUGCCGGAGCUUCUGCCAGAAGGCACACGGCAGGAUCUGAAGCCUCUGAACGUCGUGCAGCCCGAGGGCCCUUCUUUCCGCGUCACAAACGAGUCCUUGGUCGAGUGGCAGAAGUGGCGUUUCCGUGUUGGUUUUAAUCCUCGUGAGGGUGCGACUAUCCAUGAUGUCUGGUACGAUGAUCGUAGCGUGAUGCACCGACUGGCUAUCAGCGAGAUGACUGUUCCCUAUGCAGACCCUCGUCCUCCCUUCCACCGCAAACAGGCUUUCGACUUUGGCGAUGGUGGCGGUGGUAACAUGGCCAACAACCUUUCUCUUGGCUGUGACUGCCUGGGUGUGAUCAAAUAUUUUGAUGCUGUACUUACAGGGCCCGACGGUAGUGCGAAGAAAUUGCCCAAUGCCAUAUGCCUGCACGAACAGGACAAUGGCAUCGGUUGGAAGCACUCCAACUGGAGGACAGGCCGUGCUGUGGUCACCCGGAACCGCGAACUGGUCGUGCAAUUCAUUAUUACGCUGGCAAACUACGAGUACAUCUUCGCCUACAAGUUCGAUCAAUCUGGCGGCAUUACAGUCGAGUCCCGCGCGACAGGCAUUCUGAACGUCGUCAACAUCGAUCCGGGCAAGGUCAGCGAUUACGGUAACGUAGUUAGCGGAGGUGUCUUGGCGCAGAACCAUCAGCACAUCUUCUGUGUCCGUAUGGACCCGGCAAUUGACGGACCAAAUAAUUCCGUCGUGGUUGAGGAAUCCCACCCGGUCCCCAUGAACGACAUUACCAACCCAAAGGGUAACUUCUACAAGGUCACUCAACAGACGCUUGAGCGCGCUUGCUACCUCGACGCCGCUCCGGAACUGAACCGUACCAUCAAGAUGAUCAACCCCCAUAAGAAGAACCCCAUCAGCGGCCACCCUGUCGGUUACAAGUUCAUUCCGCUGGCGACCCAGCGGUUACUGGCGGAUCCCAACUCCGUCCAAGCCAAGCGCGCGCAGUUUGCACAACACCACGUGUGGGUGACAAAGCAUCGUGAUGGUGAGCUGUAUGCGGGAGGUCGAUACACGCUUCAGAGCCAGCAGGAGGUGGAUGGUGUGGCCGACGCUGUCAAACGAGGCGAAUCCGUGGUUGAUACGGAUGUGGUGGUCUGGAGUACCUUUGGUAUCACGCACAAUCCUCGUGUAGAGGAUUGGCCGGUAAUGCCUGUUGAGAUAUUCCAAUUAAUGAUUAAGCCGGCGGAUUUCUUCACGGCGAAUCCCUCUUUGGAUGUGCCCUCGAGCAGGGAUGCGUCGUCGAGAGUCGUACAAAAGGAAUGUUGCCGUGAUGCUCAGUUGCGCCAGAUUAUGGGCUCGGAAUCCCCCAAGCGCGGUGCCGACAUUCCGGGGCAGCCUCAGAGCAAGAAACGAGCCAAGUACACACAGGUAGCAUGUUUCUCGACCCGACUGAGUACCGUUGACCGUCAGAUCGAGGCCCUGCAACGCGAGAUGCGAGCCAUGUCCGCUCGCCUGCGACAACUUGAAUCAGCCUCCCCUUCAACGACAAACAAUACUUCCACGGUUAUCUCAACCGUGUCCUCCUCGUCAACGACCGCAGGACUCCACCGCAUUAUGAACCGCCCGCAGUCACCGUCCUACGUCGGUCCCACGAGUGCAGAGUUUGGCCUGACCGCGCGCCAACGGCAUCCCGAGGACUUCGACAGCAGCGAUGACCUCGUCUCGACGGCGGUGCAGAGUCCGGCGCCCCCGCUCCGAGACGACAUUCCUUCUGACGAUCCGCUGGGGUGUCUAGGUUCUGCUGAGGCGCUCCGUCUCGUCGGCGUGUACGAGGAUACGGUUGGGUUGAUGUACCCUUGCGUCGAUCUGCAAAGCGUGCGUGCGUAUAUUGCCGAAUACUUCCGGGAUAAGGACGGAGCGGUGGCGAGCUCACCGGCUACGCUGGAUCAGGAGUGGUUCUUCGCGAGGGAUAUCGAGGUCCUGAAGAUUCUACUAGCGACGGCGUUGUUAGCCGAGUCGCAUGGCCGCAGUGAGAGGGCGGCGUUGCUGGCGGAUAGCGUGGAGGAUCGGUUUGCGACGCGGCUCAAGGUCCCGGAGGUGGAUAUGAAGGAGUUGCUCAUUUUGACUUUGCUGUCCAUCUUCCAUUCCUAUCGUGACGACGAAGUCAUUUCCUGGCGGCUUAUCGGCAUGGCGGUGCGAGGAUCAAUGCAACUGGGCCUACACUGCCAGGAGACCUGGCAAAAGACCGGUGGCGUGUUCCCCGGUGAGCUGCAAUGCGAAUACGCCAGCCGGCUGUUCUGGUGCAUUUACGUGCUCGGCCGCAAAUGGUCCUUCGGCACGGGCCUGCCCUUCGCCAUCCAGGAUUCAGACAUGGACACCAAUCUACCCGAACCCGGAACAAGCACCCCGUAUCUCACCUGCAUGAUCCAUUACGCGCGUCUGAGCACCAAGAUCUGGGGCCUAGUCGUGGGCUGGCGCAAUCGGCCCCGAGCCGCAAUAGCAGACUACUGCGCCUACCUCGACUUCCAAGUCCAGCAACGGAUCCAGUCCAUUCCUCCAGAGCUACGCUUCGACCCGGCCCAGUUGCCAACCCGGUCUGAGCGCGCCGGCCGCGCUGCCGCAGUUACAGCCACUCCACAACCCCAGUCCCAAUCGCACACGCAAGCCGACAGCAUGAUGAUGCUCCAAGUUCUCAUCGCCCUUCAGGCAAACCAACUCCGCAUCCUCGUCUACCGCCAGAACCUCCUCAGCAGUGAGAGUAUCGAAACAAACGUCCCCGGCGCCUCGACCGCCGUCGAAACAGCCAAAAACACAGUCCACAUGCUCGAUUUCUUCUCCCGCGUGUCGCCGCUCUACUUCCAGCGCCCGGAACCCUUUAAUUACUUCCUCAUCUCGGCAUUGGCGGCGCUGUUUCUGGCGGUCCUGCACGCCCCCGCGCGGUUCAGCCAAGUUUGUCGGCCCGAGUUCUACGCAGCCGUUGACAUGGUGCGGCGGUCGUCGACACGCGCGCGCACCUCCCGCCGCUUACAGAAAAUCAUAAAGAGCUUGAAGAUGAUCUGGUUGAAUCUCGGGGCGCAGAGGCCCAAGGAGCCAGUGCAGAAGAACGGGACGGAUCGUCGAACUCCUCUUGGACUGGGUGCUACGGGCACCCCGCUGUCGAUGGGGAGUCAUGCCGAGCCACCAUAUACUCAGAGGCCCAUGUCGGGUGGCCCAACGCCGCAGCGCCAGGCGUCUGCUUACUUGAGCUCCAUGACGUCUCCGACGACGGUUCUUGCGGACGAGACAAGCUGUGAGGACCUGACGAGUUUCUUUGAGAUGGCGGGCGGAUUUUAUUUCGAUACGAGGAUGGGGAAUGGGGGAGUGAGUGAUGGGGGACUGAUACCUGAUGCCGCGACGGAAGGGUUUGAUGCCUUUCAAGCGGAGGAUGAGCCGUUGACGAGGGUAAUGGCUGGAUUAUUAUAG